AUGAGGAACAAGGAUAAGUUACUGGCGGCAUCUGCAAGUUGUGAAGAUCAAGCAACUUGUUCUGAAAAUGUGACAGACGACAGAUUUAGUAAUCUUCCGGAUGACGUUGCUCAUAUUAUUCUUUCCUUUCUCACUUUCAACGACGCCGCUCGAGUGGGUGCCGCCUCGAAAAGAUGCAGACAAUUUUAUCUAUCGGUUCCGCUGGUGGAUUUUGAUGCAAUUUGGAGGGGAAUAAAAAGAACCCAGCAGAAUAAGGUGGGGAUGAUGAAUUCUUUGGAUAGAUACUUGUUCUACCGUGGCAAUAAUAGGAUCCAGCGCUUCUGCGUUUCUUGGAGUUUCGGUUCGAGCGAAACAGCAAACAAGUAUUCUGAUGAUCAUUUUCGAGUGAUCACGUGGAUUCACAAGGCAGUAAGGUGUAAUGUUGAAGAGCUUGAUGUUCGCAUAUGUGGUCUGGCCAAUACGUUUUCGUUGCCAUCUUGUGUCUUUCUUUCUCAAUCUUUGCGCUCUCUAUCGGUGGAUUUGAACACGCAGAUUUUGGAAGUGCCGUCUCUAUCCUUUUCCAGUAAUAUCCUAUACUUGGAACUGAUAAAUCUUAAAAUAGCAGACGAGAGGUUGUUCAAAUGGAUCUCAUGUUGCUGCAAAUGCAUUAAGAAGUUACAGAUUCUUAAUAUCACAGGGGUGAGAAAUAUCAGCAUUGAAAGUUCGUCUUUGGAACACUUUCGUGCUUGGAUUAGUCGUGACCUGUUGCAUCUUAAUAUAUCUGGUGAGAAGCUCGAAACUAUAGAUAUGUUUUUAUGGUUUGAAGAAAGCUAUCCAGCAACAAGCAGCCCUUCAUUGAAGAUUUUUGCUCCAAAUCUUAGAAACUUGAAGUGGAAAGGCACUCUGAGGAAUAGCCCAAAUCUGGGAGAACUCAUGAGUUUGGAAAAAGUUAAGCUUUUUUUAGCUCCUCGGGUUCUUGACUUUGACAAUGUAUAUGAGGUUCUUUGUAGUAUAUGCUGCGCAAAAGUUCUUAUUAUAAGCGAGGAGACCAUUCUGGGGUGUUUCAAGGAAUGUUCCAGGGCAGCACCAAUAUUUGAUAAUCUUUGUAACUUGAGUAUACACUGUACGAGAUUGGAUGAUUACCUGGUUCCAAUAGUUGUCUCUCUUCUAAGAGGAAUGCCUAAUUUGAAUACUUUGUACAUAAAGGCUGGAACAUGGAUGUUGGAUGGCAAGACAUCAAGUGGCUUUGGUAUGGAAUACUGGAAACGGCAAAACCUUGCUUUCCUUCAUCAGCUUAACGAAGUAACCAUAGAGUAUUCCGACGACGGGUCUAAUGAAAUCCAGUUUGCAAGGUAUAUCCUCGAGAAUGCUCAAAAUUUGAAGAAAAUGGUCAUCCUUCUUCAUUAUGAAAAAAUACAAUCAAAAGUUUUAGUAGGGAUGUUGAUAAGGAGCAAUAUGAUUUCCAAUGCCACAGUUAUCAUUCGGAAUAGAAGGCAGAUUCUUUGUUAUUUCCCAUUUGUUAUUCCUCCAUGGAACUCGUUACUAUUAUUAUUUGGUCCAAGGCUCACUGAACAUGUUGUUCCCUGGCUCAGUUUUUAGUUAAUUGUCAAUAUCACUAGUAAUCAAAAUGUAUCCGGCUGAUUUUAGCAACAGUUAACAAAUGAGCAAAUGGGCUCAAGUAGGCUUUUUAUUUAAGUUUUUUCUUAUGAACUUUUGGAUUAUGUUUUGUUUUUUUAAUUAUA